AUGGAUAAGAAGCAAAAGGGUAUGAAAAAGGAAGAUGAUGGAGGCAAAUACUUGCAUUGGAAUCCGGAAAUGGAUCGUUCAUUGGCGGAUAUUCUUAGAAGUGAGAGAAAAUCUGGCCAUAAAAGUGAUGGUAGGUGGAAAACUGAAGCAUUUACUUCGGUUGCGUUGAAGAUGUCAGCCAAGUAUAAUGUAAAUGUGACAAAUGACAAUGUGAAGAAUCACCUCAAAGGUUGGAAAAGGACAUAUGGAGUAGUUUAUGAUAUCCUAAGCCAAAGUGGCUUUAAUUGGGAUAGUGAGCGUAAGAUGCUAACCGUAGAUGAUGAUAAUGUAUGGAAUGAUUAUGCAAAGUAUGACAUUACGUCACCAAACAGUAGAGCUACUGCUCCAAGCAGCAGCAGCAGUACAUAG